GAUUUUGCUAAUUGUCGAUUAAAUUUUAUUCAUAAAAUAAAGAGGAGUUGUGUAAAAUAAGGAGGGAUAGCAGAGGCGAAUGAAGUAAAAAGAGAUAAAGCAUAUAACUCAACGUAAACCACUCUCUCUUUUGAUUCUUCUCUGCCUGCCGAGGAGAAGAUCUAGAGAUGGCGGCGAGGAAGGAUUCGAAAAGCCAGGCGACGAUUCCGCCGUACAUGAAGGCAAUCUCGGGUUCACUCGGCGGAGUGGUCGAGGCGUGCUGUCUCCAGCCCAUCGACGUCAUCAAGACGCGUCUCCAGCUAGAUCGCGGCGGCGCCUACAAGGGAAUCGCGCACUGCGGCUCCACGGUGGUUCGAACCGAAGGCGUGCGCGCACUGUGGAAAGGAUUGACGCCGUUCGCGACUCACCUGACGCUGAAAUACACGCUGCGGAUGGGAUCAAACGCAAUGUUCCAAACAGUGUUCAAGGAUAAAGAGACGGGAAAGGUGAGCAACCAUGGCCGUUUGCUCUCCGGAUUUGGCGCCGGUGUUCUCGAAGCCCUCGCCAUUGUCACACCCUUCGAGGUUGUGAAGAUUAGACUUCAGCAACAGAAAGGAUUAAGUCCCGAUCUUUUCAAAUACAAAGGUCCCAUUCACUGUGCUCGAACCAUCGUCAGAGAAGAAUCCUUUUUGGGUCUUUGGUCUGGUGCUGCCCCCACCGUUAUGCGUAACGGCACCAACCAAGCUGUCAUGUUCACUGCCAAAAACUCCUUUGACGUCCUCUUGUGGAACAAACACGAAGGCGACGGUAAAUCCUUGCACCCUUGGCAAUCCAUGAUCUCAGGUUUCUUAGCUGGAACCGCUGGUCCCUUCUGCACUGGGCCGUUUGAUGUUGUCAAGACCAGGUUGAUGGCUCAGACCAGAGACGGUGAAGGUGGGCUGAAAUACAAAGGUAUGGUGCAUGCCAUUAGGACGAUUUAUGCGGAGGAAGGAUUAGUGGCUCUAUGGAGAGGAUUGUUACCGAGGCUGAUGAGGAUCCCUCCAGGACAAGCCAUUAUGUGGGCAGUUGCUGAUCAGGUCACUGGUCUUUAUGAGAAGAGAUAUCUCCUUAACGCACCUUUAUAGAGAGAGAGUGACAGACUUUUGUUUCUUUUCAUGUCAUGGUUUCUUGUUGGUUUAUUUUUGCGAGGAAUGGGAAAAUCCAAAUUCAAUUCUCCCCCAAAGACACUUUUGAUAAUAACGAAACACAUUUUUUUUCUUA